AUGUGUCCCGCGCUCAUCCCCACCUCGUGUUGCACACAGAAAGGCCAGUGCAUUACUCUGAGCCUGGCCUGUCACGACCAGUAUCCACCGGUGGUGAAAUUGACAGUUACUCAGCUCACAUUCUUCGACCGACGAGACUUCACAAUUCUUCCAAAUUAUUGGCAGAAGAUCAUUACCUUCUCACGAGAAGAGCAUGGCCCGGUUGCGACAGGAGGGCGAGAACGAAGCUUUAUUCAAUAUCCGAGGUCGAGCGCUGGUUUGACGCCUCUCGGUGUGCAAUCCGGUGCUUCAUCCCAUUUAGCAAAGGAGCCCACAUGUAAGCUCUGCCCACAAUCCUUCGUCGAUUUGACCUCCUAUCAUGAACGGGGCGUCAACCACGUCCGUGACUCUUUUCUUGGCAAACCGGACCUAUUGUCAUUAAGUCCAAACUUUCAGGGCUAG